GUUCCUCUUUUUAGCAGCAUGUAUCUUGUGAUUGCCAGACUGUGCUCUUUGCUAUUACCAAAUACAUGAAUCAGAUCCUAAAGGAAUCACAUAUAUGGGCUAAAUGGGAAGUGCCUCACACAAUGUCUGUGUGUAAUCAAGUGUAUGUGCUCAGGAUAAAAACUGUGUGGUAGCAGUAAACGUGUGGCCGGGGGAGAGUUGAAUACACUAUAAAAAGGCCCGACAAAGAGACUUCAGACGGAGUUCGUGGAGAGUUCGUGGAGACUGCUCCUGGAGACUGCUCAUGGUGGAGAUCGCAGAGUUCUCCACGGGACAUCGUUGGAGCUGAACACUCCUCCACCAACUGAAGAAGUCCUGAUGGGUCUGCAAAUUCUACUCAAGAGGAGCAGCAGAGCCCCUUUCUGUGUUCUGCAUGAAGAAGUAUUCUCUUCCUUCCCCAAAUGGAUGCAAAAGAACUACAGAUCUGAUCAGAGUCUGGACUUCUCAUCUCCCCCUGAGACACGAGGGUUUCGUCCGGGGUUCAGGACUCUGUACUUGGUUGCUGCAUCACUGGAAGAGGACUCCUCCAGGCUCAGAUGUUUUGCUGUUGAAGGAUGAGCAGAAUCCAAAGUGCUUCACUCGGACGUUACAGGAUUUCACCUGCUUCUUUGAGACUGCACACAAUGAGACUUAUGAUUUUCUCUACUCACUCAGUAGGGAGUCCACAGAAAGCUGUGAAAUGUCGGUUCAGAGAACAGAAGAAGGAACCUUCCUCCACAUCUGCUCGUUUCCUGGCUCACAUGUCUGGCUGUUUGUGAACAUACAUCUUAAAGUGUUGGAACGUACCACCAACACCAGCCUCUACAGUCGUACUGUCAGCAUAGAGGACCAUAUUCUUCUGGAUCGCCCCUUCAAUGUGACUUUACGUCCAAACGACCAAGUGGGACAGCUGCAGGUUUCGUGGCGCACAAAGUACUUAAGCAGCUGGAAAGAAAAUCAAGCGUACAAGAUUCGAUACUCCUCUGGGCUUCUUGGAGAGAUGACAAAAGAGGUGAAAGUAGAAGACAACAUACUGGAUUCUCUGGUACCAGGCGAAGAGGUUGAGGUCCAGGUCGCUGUCAAAUGUUCCUUACAUUCAGAUGGAGGACACUGGAGCAGCUGGUCUCACCCCAUGCGAACUGUGGUUUCCCAAAGUACAGAUGAUAUUUCACUCAUAUGCUCCACCUCUGACCUGCUAAAAUUCACCUGUCAGUGGAAUGGGAACAGAUAUGGUGUAGGAUAUGAGUACAAACUUUUCUACAAGAUCGGUCUCAGUGAACCUUGGGGUUGGACAGAAUGGACGAAGUGUCUGGCUAUUGGGAACUUGAAUGAUCGGUGUUCUUUCCCUGGAAACGCGUCCAGUAGAGUCAGGGUCCAUCUCAGCAGCACUUCAGCUCAAACCAGCAGAAACUUUUACACUCAAGAGUUCACGCUCAACAACUCUGUGAAAACAUCCCCACCAGAUGGUCUGAGAGGAGUGCUGAUGAAAGACAAGUUGUGCUUGGAAUGGGAAGCUCCUCUUCCAUCUCUGUCCCCUCACCUGCAGUAUGAAGUCGACUACCGCGUCAAAGGAGCUGAAGGAUGGAAGAUGAUAAAGGACUUCGGGACUCAUGCAUGUAUAGAGGUUCCAGCAGGCAGCCGGUACAGCGUUAAAGUCAGAGCUAAACCGACCGGGUCCAUUUACUCAGGCUACUGGAGUGACUGGUCAGAUGUGCUCACUGAUGACAUCCCCACUGACAUAGGCCUGUGGCUCAUGGUGUGUAUCCCCAUCAGCAUGCUGGUAAUAGCAGUCGUCCUCAUCUGCUUGUGCUGCGCGUACCGCAGGAAGCUCAAGCAGUAUUUUUGGCCACCAGUUCCAAACCUUCAAAAGGUUCUGCAAGGCUAUCUGAUGGAGAUCAACAGGCAGAAAUGGGAUCCUCCAGCCAUAGCUAAACAGUGCUCUGAAGAAACCACUUCAUCCGUGGUGGAGAUCAUGUCUGAGGACGAGGUUUCAGAGUUGGGGAAGCCAACAGAAGAAUCCACUGAGCUGCUGACACCGGAGCAGGUAGACAGCAGCCCCAGGACUGAAGGCUAUCCAGACUAUGUGACCCUGAAUAAAGAAAACGGUGUUCUUUGCCCUCAGAGAAACAGUUACGUGUACGAUCAGGUUAAAGUGAAAGGAGACCCCGAGGCAGGAGAUGAGCUCCUCCAAACAUGUCGCUGUUCCUGCACUGAGGGCUCAGUCUGUCUCCCAUCUUGCUCAUGCAGCGACUUUCUCAACCAUUCCUACCUGCCUGUGGCUGAGCCUGCAGACACAUUCAGCUAUAAGGUCACUGCUGUCAGGGCUCCAGGCAACCUCUACACCAACUUCCCCUACAGCUGAAUGCACAGUGUAGCAGGUGUGCUUCUAGAGGUGCAGAUUUAAUCAAUACGAUGCACCUUCAUGCUGACCUAAGAACUCACUGUAAAUAAAUACAAGCUUGCCAAAAAGGAAUAGUGAUUUAUAAACAAUUAACAGACCUUUAAGCUUGAGCAAAGGAGUGUUACCGUGUACUCACUGUAUAAUAGUUGUAUAGUUUCUAAUCCUUGGUUACGCUCUGAAGUCUUUGGAAAAUCAACAAUUUUAAAAUGUCAGGUUUAAAUGCUGUUCAAGAUAUUUAGGCGUACUAUAGUUAUUGUUUUAAUUGUACAUUAGGUUUCCUUAACAACAUUGCUGGCAAUUUAUCUACAGUGUUGUGUCUAUUUGCAUCUGUCUGGUGGAACAGCAGCUCACUGUGAGACUACGAGUGCGUUGUAUAGUCCGACCAAUAAAAAGAAUCAGUGGAUUUCUGUCCAACACUCGCCGACAUGAUCACAGGCGGGAGUGUUUUGGGAUCAGAGUGUUUGUUCUGUAGCAGCCAUACUUCUAUAUAAUUUUGAGUUCUUUUCCAAAUUUUGGGGAGGUUUACAGAACACCAAUUGCAAUAUUAAAUAGAGCCUUGCCGGUAUGCAACACAGAUGGUUCCUGUGAGCACUACACCUUUGAGUAGUCGGGAUCAAAAUGUAUGAGGUGUUAGUUUGUACAUUCUUUUUUUUUAAAACUUGUAUUUAAAUGUAACUUUCUCUCAAAUUGUACUUCAUUUAAUUUUGUAUAUAUUUUUUAAAAGUGAAUUGCAGGUUUUGCCAUUGUUGUCAUAUACUCUAUUACAUUAUAUCUUUAAGAAUGUUUUAUACUUUACAAGAAUCUGAGAUGAGACGGUUGACAUGGAUGUGAGGGAGGUGUAACCAAAACGCUUACUUCUGAUUCUUUUACCUCCUUUUGAAUGACAUAUGUAGCAAGUGUUUAUGAUGCAUUACAUUAUCAUAUCAGAGUUUGUAUUUUUGACAAUAAACAUCAUAAUGCUUCCGU